UGAUAACCAAACUGAAUAAUUCUGUUUGUACUAAUACCAGUUCUUAUGAAGAAACUUCCCCUGAAAACUGCUCAGUAGAUCAUGAAGCAGAUUUGAAGCACUCCAGAGAGUUUGAUGCAUGAAGAAGAACAACUUCAUGAUGAGGAAAAGACAGGCAGUGACGCCUUACAACAGGCUGGAGAAGUACUUGGCCAGAGUGCUCAAAGUGCAAUGGAUGUUGAAGUUCUUUGCAUGGAUCAUUUAAGAAAAAGUAGUGAUAGUAGAGACUCCUCUUCUGAAGCUACAACUCUAUGUAAACCAGGAAAAACCCAUGCAUUGAUAAGAGAUGAAGCUCAAGUUUUAUCAAGUGCUGAUCCUAAAGCAACAGCAGAUCACUUCCUUAUUUGGACUUGUCUGUUAUCCCCACUGGACCAUGGUGGUUCUAAUCAUUCUGCAAAAGUAUGGCCAGCCAAUGGUUGUACAGGUGAAAGGGGAACUGGGAGGUCUGCAAAGAAACCUGAUAAAGGAAGGAGUGCAAAGGAGGAGGCAUCCAAACGUGGGAAGGUCCGAGAAAUACAGAAAAAGCCAUCUUCCAUGCUUUAAGCACUUGGGGAAAUGGCCAUUCCAAUA